CGGUGAUGAUCAACCUGACUGUCCGCGUGUACAACCUGACAUGGACUGAUGAUCUCGCCUUUAAUUUUUCUAACGAGUACCUCCGUCAUUCCCUUCCUUUCUGUGAAGAUAUAGCGAAUAUUUUCCGUUCAAGCCUACUUAGCAGCCGAUAUUAUAACUGUGAGGUACAGGGAUUCGGAAAUAAUCCCGUUACUGUAAACACCCACGUAAUAUUCAAGGGUAAACGGUAUCUACUAAUGCAGAACCAUGUGAUUCAAGUGAUCAAGGAUAAAUCCAAAAAGAUCCGAGUGAACGACAUCGAAUUAAAAAUGAUCGGAACACUUUUAAUUGAGCCUUUCGACGGCGGGAGCGUUGACGUAAUCGACGUAGGGAUCGAUCUAGGACCUGCUUCUACAACUACCAUAAAACCCACGCCAAGUACCCCUGCUCCUGAUCAGACCAUGAUAGGAGAACUGACUGUAUAUCUAUACAAUCUCACAUACAGCAACGACCUCAAGGAUAUCAACGCAGCUCGAGCAUCCCCACUGGCACGCGCCUUCUGUAAAAAUUUGGAAACAUUUUAUGUACAAAGCGACUUAAAAGGUUCCUUUCAGAUGUGCACAAUGACCGGAUUCCUGUAA